UAAAAAAAUCUCAAUCUUUUAAAGCCUCGCUCAGAGGGAGGGGGGACCCCCCAACCCCCAGGGGGGGUACCAUCGGGGCCAUUUAUCCUUCCUCCAGUUCUCCAGCUGCAAAGAUGGCCCGGUCGUCUCCAGCAGAUGAAGGCACCACAUUCGAACAUCUCUGGAGUACCUUAGAACCUGACAGCACUUACUUUGAUCUCCCCCAAUCGGGGCACCCAACGUGCAGCGAAGCCUCCAGCCGCAGGGAAGUCACCAUGGACGUCUUCCAGAUGAGAAACAUGAAUGAUUCCGUCAUGUCCCAGUUCAAUCUGCUGAGCAACAGCAUGGAUCAGGGCGCAGCUGACAGCCAGGCUCACUCCUCCUCCAGUCCUUAUAGUUCCGAGCACACCUCCAAUGUCCCGUCACUCUCGCCUUACUCCCAGCCCAGCUCCACCUUUGACACCAUGUCCCCGGCGCCCGUCAUCCCGUCCAACACCGACUACCCGGGGCCGCAUCACUUCGACGUGACCUUCCAGCAGUCCAGCACCGCCAAAUCCGCCACUUGGACCUACUCGCCGUUGCUCAAGAAGCUCUACUGUCAAAUCGCCAAGACGUGUCCGAUCCAGAUCAAAGUGUCGACUCCGCCGCCGCCGGGCACCAUCAUCCGGGCCAUGCCCGUCUACAAGAAGGCAGAGCAUGUGACAGAAGUGGUGAAACGCUGCCCAAACCAUGAGCUUGGCCGCGACUUCAAUGAUGGUCUGUCUGCACCGGCGAGCCAUUUAAUCCGCGUCGAAGGGAACAAUCUCUCUCAAUACGUGGAUGACCCUGUCACUGGGAGGCAGAGUGUUAUGGUUCCAUAUGAGCCCCCACAGGUGGGCACCGAAUUCACCACCAUCCUGUAUAACUUCAUGUGCAACAGUAGCUGCGUGGGCGGGAUGAACCGGCGACCCAUCCUUAUCAUUAUCUCGCUAGAAACCAGAGAUGGGCAGGUUUUGGGCCGGAGGUCCUUCGAAGGCCGGAUCUGCGCUUGCCCGGGGAGAGAUCGGAAAGCAGACGAGGAUCACUACCGCGAGCAGCAAGCCCUGAGUGACAGCACCACCAAAAAUGGCAAUCCCAACAAGCGGACUUUUAAGCAAAGCCCUCAAGGCAUCCCAGCCCUGGCAACUGGAAUUAAGAAGCGAAGGCACGGGGAAGAGGAGACCUAUUACGUGCCUGUUCGUGGCCGGGAGAACUUUGAGAUCUUGAUGAAGAUCAAAGAGAGUCUAGAGUUGGUUGAGUUGGUCCCCCAGCAGUUGGUGGACUCUUACCGACAACAGCAGCAGCAACUUCUGCAGCGCCAGUCUCACCUCCAGCCUCCCUCCUCGUACGGUCCGGUUCUGUCGCCAAUGAACAAGCUCCACGCGGGAGGGAUCAAUAAACUGCCCUCCGUGAACCAGCUGGUUGGACAGCCUCCGCAGCAUGGCCCUGGGGCCAGCCCGAACCUUGGGCCCAUGGGGCCAGGCAUGCUGAACAGCCACGCCAUGCAGUCCAAUGGAGAAAUGAACGGCGGACAUUCUUCCCAGGCAAUGGUCUCCGGGUCCCACUGCAGCCCCCCUCCACCUUAUAACCCAGACCCAGGUCUUGUCAGUUUUUUAACAGGACUGGGGUGCUCAAACUGCAUUGACUAUUUCACUUCCCAAGGGUUACAGACUCUUUACCACCUGCAGAAUUUGACCCUAGAGGAUCUCGCCGCACUGAAGAUUCCGGAACAGUACCGGAUGAUCCUCUGGAGAGGCCUCCAGGAACUGAAGCAGGGCCACGACUACGGGGCCCAGCAGCUCAUCCGCUCCAGCAGCAGCAGCAGCAGCAACGCCGCCACCAUCUCCAUCGGGGCCUCUGGCGAGCUGCAGCGUCAGCGCGUCAUGGAGGCCGUCCACUUCCGCGUCCGCCACACCAUCACCAUCCCCAACCGAGGCGGGGCGGACGAGUGGUCGGACUUUGGCUUCGACCUGCCGGACUGCAAAUCCCGCAAGCAGUCCAUCAAAGAGGAGUAUACGGAGGGGGAGAUCAACUGAGCACCUCCGUUGAAGCGUGGCCGCUGGCGGACAGGGCCGAAACCCUCAAACAGGACCCAAAAGGCGUUUGGCGUGAGGGCUGAGCAGAGAUGGGGGGCCUUCAGGGUGAGCCACACAGAGUAUUUUUCAGAGUUCGUAGCAGGGAAGUUGAGCUCUACCGGUGGGACUUCGACGACGGUCCAUUGCUACGUCCUUUUCUACACAGAGCUGCCGUUCCUUUUCCCAACGCCAGGCAACUCAUGAGAGGAAUCAGGCAGGUUGAUAUUUGGGUGGUCGUGCUAAGCAGGACAACACAAGAUGGCGGGGGGGAAAAAACCCACAGGACAAUUUGCAGCUUGCUGAAAAGCUGUGAAAGAUCAGCCCGUCUCCUGCCUCCCUUUCAUCCACCUUCAUCCAUCAGAGAUGCUCAGCACUAGUUUUGUGUCUUCUCCGCACACCCGCAGGCGCUCUCGCCUUUUCUCCGAACGUCCGUACCACGAUUUGUUACCAAACCGCCGAAGACUUUGUUUCUCUCCACAAACUGCCAAAAAAGUGUUCGUUUUUCUACUGUUUUCUGUCGAAUGGGAAGAAAAAGCAACUCUUUAUAAUCUGAUGAUCCCCAGUGAUGAGUGUAUUAACUAGAAUGGAACCUUGAUGUAAAAAAAUGGCAGCUUUCUGCACAUGUGGUAUAUAUAUAUAUGUUGUCGUAAGGUUUAUUAUUAUUAUUUUUUUGGAAGCUAUUCUAAAGAGGGUUCACAAGCUAAGCAAGGCUUUCUCCCCACCCAGAGAAGGCCGAAAAAGGUUGUC